UCCGUCCGUUCGUCCGUCCGUCGGCGCCCGCGUCCCGUCCCCGUGCGCGCGAGCGACCGACUGCGGAAAGUGUAACCAAGCGCAUCUAGCGAGGGAUUGCUGGGAGACGGACGGUGGUGAGAGGUGGAGGAGAGAAGCAAGUGAAAGAGAGAGAAAGAGAGACACCGAGAGAGAGAAAGAGGUUGGGAGGGAGGGAGGGUAGGUGAGGGCCACCAUGGCCCAGCAGCCAAUGACGAUGAUGGGCGCGCAGGCGCAGCUGCAGUACCCCGGAAUGGGGCAGCAGCCGCAGCUGGGGCCCCCGAUGCCGACUCAAUAUCAACAGGCACCGGCGGGAGGUCAAGCGGCACAGACCCAGCUGCAGGGACCGGCUUAUCCUCCUGCGGCACUUCAACAUUAUCAACACCUCCAAGCCCAACAUCGCCAACAGCUUCAAGUCUUUUGGAAUCAGCAGAUGGCAGAGAUCGAGCAAGCGAACGAUUUUAAGAAUCAUCAGCUUCCUUUAGCGAGAAUCAAGAAGAUUAUGAAGUCGGAUGAGGAUGUUAGGAUGAUUAGUGCCGAGGCUCCCGUGCUGUUUGCAAAAGCGUGUGAAAUGUUCAUUUUAGAGCUUACGUUAAGGUCGUGGAUACAUACGGAAGAGAAUAAGAGGCGAACACUCCAGAGGAACGACAUUGCUCAUGCGAUCACGAAGACGGACAUCUUCGAUUUCCUUGUGGAUAUUGUGCCUCGUGACGACAUCAAGGAGGAGGGUCUAUCUGUUUCUCGACCACCAGUACCGUUGCCUCCUGCAGGGGAUUCGCUCGCGUAUCCGGGGAUGUACUAUAUGCAGCCACAGCCUGCAGCAGCCCCACAGCAGCCCCAACAAAUGAUGCAGGCACCGGCGAUGAUGGUUGGGCGGCCUGCAAUGCCGAUGGAUCCAUCCAUGAUGUAUCAACAAGCACAGGUACGCGGGCCAGUCCAGUACAUGCAGCAGCAACCGCAGGCGUUGCAGCAAAUGUGGCAUCAGCAGCCGCAAAUGCCGACAGGGCAAGACGGUUCUCAGACGGGAAUGGCUCCAUCGGGCUAACAUCUGGGUGUAAAUUGCAUAUUGUUGUUAUUGCUCCUGAUGUCGCCUUGAGGCAGCCGGAUGUUUGUGUGUUUGAGGAGCUUUGGAGUGGGAAGUGCAGGACCGGGAUAGCCUGAUAGGAGUCGGAGAAACAUCCUGCUGGCCCAGAGAACUGCUGGUGGCCUGUCUGCCUGCCUGUUUCUGUGAAAAAAUGCCGUCUGGAUUUGUUGGUCAUGUUGCUCUUAUUUGGUCCCCGAAGAUCGGUUUUGGAAUGCGACGAAUUCUGAGCGUCAGAGAUUAUGCGUCUUCCCUUACCUUUCCCUUCAAUGAGGUCCUUGGUACGAAUGGGACGAAUAGCAGCAGCAGCACCAGAGGUUUGGUGCUUUAGAGGCUCAGUCGAUCGAUCGAUAAGGCUACAGGCUGAGUGUUCCGGGCAUCUCAGGGUGUUCGAUUUCCGAGCAGCCGGUUCCUGGAGGAAGCCUGCUUUGUCGGGGAUGGUGCGAAUGUGGCAAGUAUUUGGUAGUCCGGUUGGAGCUCUUAACAACCUUUGUACUUUUAUGUGUGUGCAUCAAUCAUUAUGGGGGAUGGGAGUGGGGCUAGGAAGGGAUAAGGGAAAGAAGGGAGGGAGGGAGGGAGGGAGGGAGGGAGUUGUUGAAAUGCUAGAGUGUGGGCGAUGAUAGGAGGAGGUGUUGAGGAGUCGUAGUUUCUCUUUCCUUCCCCCUCUUUUUCCAGAACGAAUCAUAAGGUGGGGGCAUUGCUGGCAAAGCGAGGGGGGGGAGGAGGGGCAAGGGAGGGUAAACAGGAUGGCCCCAGGGAAGAGGGGGGGGGGGUUGUGGGUGGCAAGGAAAGGACCCCUUGGAGGAUGAGGGAGGGGACUUGUGCCGGUUCAGGAUGAACAGCAGAGUGAUCGUGCGGUCUUGUCCCCUGUCGUAGCAUGCCGUGUAUUCCUGGCAAGAUCCAUUUUGGACGACGGCUGGAUGAACUUGCCCCCCCCCCCGGUGCCUCACCAGCCCGUUCGCAUGUUCCUUGCCCUCGCCUAAAAGGAAGUCCAUGUUCGUGUACUGCACUUGGUCUCUUGUCUGUGCAGGUUCAUGGCAUCAAUAUAUUUCCUCUGCAUUGCCCGUCUUGAUGGGCAGCUCAGUGGCUGCUUUUUUUUCAUCCCUGUUUUUCUUUUCACCCAGAUUUGUGGAGUCGUGACCCAGUUUCUGCCGAUGCCCAUUCCUUGUAGUUUUCCAGGAAUUGGUCUGGGGAAAGUUGUGGCUGAUGUGUUUUGCUUCUUCCUCGCCUUCCCUCCUUUCUUCUUGAGGGUGUAGCUCUUUGCCCCCCUCUUUGAUCUCACCCUCCCUACAUCAUCACCUGUCUCCUUCGGAGUGAGUACCUUCACUGUCCUUCCAUGGAACAUCUACCAAGGAUCAUCUGCAGAGGUCACCUUGGCUUUCUGCCACUCUUUCAAAGUGCUUGAUGCGCAGGAAUCGGCUUCUCACGGAGGUUGCUGUGCGAUUCCAGCGGCAGUGCGGCAUAUUGGAGUGCGGCAAUCUGGCGUCGGCAGAGCGGAGGAGUGCUGCUGAAGAAUACGGCACAGGUGACGUGUGGCGGAGGAGUACUUUGUUGUUAAUAUUAAAUUCUUUGUGACUGGUCGGUUCUGUAGCAAUCGGGCUCUGGAGGAAAUGGAGCACAACUCCUAUCUGCAAUCAUUUCAUUCUCCCAGCUAAUUUCACUCCCUUGCAUCUUUUUUUUGGUGACGCAACGUUUCUAUGAUGGGUCCGUUUACAGGAUGACCACCAUCCUUCUCUCUUUUGCUCACUUGCCCAAUGGCAGUCGAUCAGGCCAGAUCGCGUAUCCGUCCUCUCCCUG